AUGUCUGCUACUCAAGUGAUCACCCCAACGGCCGCACCCAAGGUGCAACAUGUUGGCCAGGUGACAUGGCGUGCAACUCGUCCAACCGAGCCGAUUCCUCAGUUCCUGAUUGAUGAGGCCAAAGUUGAAACCAAGCAGUCUUUUGAUGCGAAGCAACACUUGCGCUAUGAGCCUCCCAGCAAGAUCUACACCAUGAAGGAGAUCGGCCUUGAGGGUCAGGGUAUCUCUCCCGUUGCUGUCACUGCGCCCUUCCAGCUCUUCACCGAGGAGGCUAUCAAGCAGAUGAGAGCUGAGAUCUUCAGCAAGCCUGUACUGGAUAACUGCCUCUACAUGUCUGAGUUUGUCAAGAGCACUGUCCGUGGAAUGGGAUCUGCACGAGCUCCUUUCACUUGCGACGCCUGGAACAGCCCUGAAGUUCUGGCUAAGGUUUCCGAAGUCGCUGGCAUUGAGCUGGUCCCUGCCAUGGACUAUGAAAUUGCUGCUAUCAAUAUUUCGGUCAACGACCAGACCAUUCCCAUCUUCAAUGCUCCCAAGCCAGAUGAGGAUGAGUUCCCUGCUUUCGCAUGGCACCGUGACAGCUACCCAUUUGUCUGCGUCACCAUGCUCUCCGAUUGCGUCGGUAUGACUGGAGGAGAGACUGCCCUGAAGACUGCCUGGGGUGAGAUCAUGAAAGUCCGCGGCCCUGCUAUGGGAACCGCGGUGGUGAUGCAGGGAAGAUACAUUGAGCACCAGGCUCUCAAGGCCUUUGGAGGUCGUGAACGUAUCAGCAUGGUUACCUCGUUCCGGGCAAAGUCUCCUCAUGUCAUCGAUGAGUGCGUUCUGACUGGCGUGCGCCCUAUCAGCAACCUGUCCGAGCUAUACAGCCAAUACACUCAGUACAGGCUGGAGGUGCUCGAGGAGAGAAUUCGUGAUCGCCUGAAGAAGGAGCAGCGAAGCGCACUUGCGAAGCGCGAUUUCGAUAUUGCUGGCGCGAGGGCCUUUUUGACUCAACAGAAGGAGUUCAUCGAGUCGAUGAUUGAGGAGCUCAUUGAGUAA